AUGUCAUAUUCAUUGAAGAUUGGUCCUUCAACAUAUUAUGUUUCGAGUCAUAUGAAAAAUUUAAAUAAUAACAAUUAUUUUCUUGUCAAAGAUGUACAUAGUCGAUCUAAAUCAGUUAACGACUCAAUGACAUCAUCGCUUCGUAGUCAACGUUCGAGAUCUCUAAAACGAUCAGUUUCACCUGAAAGUCGACCAAGCACACGUCACUAUGGUAGACUAAUUAAUGCCAUUAAUCUGCCUACUAAACAACAACAACAACAAAUAUCAAAUCAGAUAUAUCAUCGUCGGCACACUCAAUCAAAAUUUAGAACACCUAUUCAAGUAUCAGAUAGAAUUAUGACAACUGAUAAGAAAAUAUUGAUUGAUAAAGUGUAUCAAAAAGCUGUAAAAGAAGAAACAUCUUCUAGUAAAUCAAUUAAGAAGAAACGAAAACCAUCUACUGAAACAAUAAUAGGCAAGCAAAAACAAGAAAUAAUUCAAUUGUUUAAUGAACAAAAACAAUCUCUGACACUGUUGCUAGAAGAAAAUAUUCGUACAAUGACUACAUCAUCAAUUAAUGUUAUUAAACAGAUUGUAACCGAAGCAUUACACGCUCAAGAACAAACAUCAACAAAAAAACUCGAACAUACUUUAAUUCAAACAAUACAUCAAGAAUUACAACAAAUUACGCCAAGAAAUAUUGAUAAAACUCAGAUAAAUUCGCUUGAUGUUGAUACACUGAAUCGAUUAGAAGAUAUUCUUACACAAACUAUAGAGAAAUAUAUUACAACAUCAAAUGAAAAUGACAAUACUGCUUUAAAUCAUUUGUUCACUGAACAAAAACAAGUUUUAAUUGAAGCGCUUACUCAACAACGAUCAAAACCUUCUAUCGAUAUUAUCAAGCAAGCAGUUAUCGAUGCUCUUAGUGAACAAAAUUCUCAAUCAGUAACUAGUAAUACUAAAAGAAAUAUAACAAAUCGUUGUGAGACGACUACUAAGAUUACUAAUAAUGAAAUUCAAAUUAUUGUUAAUCUAAAUCAAACACGUAUUGAUACAGCUUUUCGUCAACAACGUGAUACAAUAGUUGCUAAUCGAUAUUUACGUGAUACUGUAAGACAAUUGUCACAUGUUCGUUCAAUGUCUUCUCUUGUGAAAAAAAUUCAAGCAUGCAGUACAAAUGACUUUGAAAAUGCUUGGUUACUCUUUUGUUGGAUAGGUCAAAAUAUAUCUUAUGAUUUCGAUUGUGAAAAUCAUUCAGCUGAAAGUGUUUUUCAAAAUCGAACAGGAUCAUGUGAAGGUUUUGUUAAUGUAUUUUAUGAAUGUUGUUCAUUAUUGAAUAUUCAAUGUACAAAAAUUUCAGGCUAUACCAAAGAAAAUUUCCUUAGAAAAGUUGAAGAUUUAAAAAAAUUUUCACAUUCAUGGAAUUCUAUUGUACUUGAUAAUUACACUUAUUUAGUUGAUCCAGCAUGGGGUGCUGGUGCUAAUAAUAACAAUCAAUUUCAAGAUUAUUAUUUUUUAACAUCAGCCGAUGAGUUUAUUUAUACUCAUUAUUCAAAUGACUAUCAAUUACUUCAACCAGCAAUAACUAAACAGGAAUUUCUUAGUUUACCUGUAAUGAAAUCAAAUUACUAUCGGUUAAACUUGAGUUUAUUAACACCAAAACAAGUUUUUAAUCAAACCAAUGAAAAUAUAAUUAAAAUCUCUCUAAAAACACCAGCAUAUGUUGAUUUAUUUGCAUCAUUGAUAAGCGAUAAUAUUGAAUAUCCACGUCAUUUACAUACAUUCUGCCAACGUGAUAUAAAUCAAACAGAUACAAUGAAUUGUUUUUUUGCUCCACCCAAUAAUGGGCUUUAUGAGAUAAAAAUUUUUUCAAAAACCAAUAACGAAAAAAAAUAUGAAGAUGCUAUUUAUAUGCGAUUAAAUGUAUCAAAUAUGAUUCAAGCUAUUACUUUUCCAAUAAUCUAUCAAUCAUUUAUUGAAUAUAAAUGUAUUUUAGUAGAACCAUUUCGACGUCAUAUACAAGAAAAUGAAGAUUUAGUUAUUCAUAUGAAAAUACCUGAUGCUAUUAAAAUUAAAAUUAAAAAUGGUGAUGAUUAUAUUAUACCGAAUAAAGACGAAUAUAAAAAUGGAGUAUUGAAAACAAAAGUUCAUAUUCAAGGUGAUCUUCAUGUAUGUGCACAGUGGAAUGAUAAAACUAAUCAACCAAUAUCAACAAUUUGCAUUUUCACUGUUACAUGA